AUGAGGUUUUACUUUAUUUAUUUUAGCUAUAAUUCUGGCACGUAUAACAAUCAAUGGACUGUUCUUGACUAUAAAUUAUUUAAACCAAAACAAGAAUUGCCCCAAACAGAUUUAAUUUGGAUUUUAGAACAAAUUCCAGGCCUUGUAGUUAGUAGAGACGUUACUUGGUUUAUUAAAAGUUAUGGUUAUUGGCCUUCUUAUAAUAUUCCUUUUUUAUCUAAAAUAUCUGAAUUGAGUGGAUUUAGUGCUAAAGGGCAGAUAAAUAAUUGGUGGAGAUGGGGAUUUACACCUAGAGCUAAAAUAUUUCAUAGAGAUCAUAAGAAAGUUAAAGAUUUGAAAACAUUGAGAGAAUUAAUGCGUUAUAACAAUUACCAACAUGAUGAAUAUUCUCGUUGCAAAUGUACACCACCAUAUUCAGCUGAAGCAAGUAUUUCAACUAGAGGAGAUCUCAAUACACCUGAUGGAAAAUGGGAAGUGCCUGGAAUGGGUUUUAGAAAUCACGGUUCUAUUGACUAUAAAGGAACUAAUUUUGAAUUAUUUAAACAAUUACGUUUUGAGGUAGUUGGAGGGCCGACAUAUGGUGGGCCUGGAAAUUUGCCUUAUUUUAGCUGGGCCACUACAAAAAUAAAUACAACACAUUUUGGGCAGCCAAUUAAUUGGAAUUUUACUGAAUUUGCUACUCAAUGGACAACAAAAAUUCCUAAAAAUAUUAUUUAA